CUAGAGAAGGACCAACCCGGAGAAAGAGUCCAGAGUCUCCACCUUUGUCACUGUCUCACUCUUCCUGCUAUUCCUCCCUCAAUCUGUGUAGUAUUGUAUUCAGGUCCUCUUUCCUCUCUCAGUUUUGUUCUGUGAUGCCUCCCAACCUGACCGGCUACUACCGCUUUGUCUCCCAGGACAACAUGGAUAAUUACCUUCGAGCUUUAGAUAUUAAUGUGGCCCUGCGCAAACUGGUUUGCCUCCUGAAGCCUGAUAAGGAGAUAAUCCACACAGGAGAUCAUAUGACCAUCCGCACAAUCACCUCACUGAGGAACUACGUUAUGGACUUUGACCUGGGAAUUGAGUUUGAAGAGGAUCUAGGGCCAGUGGAUGGACGCAAGUGCCAGACAACCGUCUCCUGGGAGGAGGAUCAGCUUGUGUGUGAGCAGCGAGGAGAGAAGAGAAACCGGGGCUGGAGACACUGGUUAGAAGGGGACCUGUUACACCUGCGCAUGACAGCAGAAGAUGAGGUUUGUGUUCAGAUUUUUCAAAAAGUGAAGUAACCACAGCAGAUAAGGUAUCAAGAAUUGAUCCAUUUGAGCAGGACCAGCUUUGUUGCAGAGCCAAAAUCAAAGCUAACAAAUCUGUCUCCUAUGUCACACUUCAAACUGCCUUUGGAUUAAAGAGAUACAAGUGG